AUGGAGCUUCAGCUUUGGCCUUAUUUUGUUUCUGUCAUGGAAAAACUGAAUGGUUGGAUGCUUUUGGUGGUUCUGGUCGUAUUUCUUUUGAUCAUUGACCUUGUGAGAAAGAGACGACCCAGGAAUUUCCCUCCAGGGCCACAGCUCUUUCCUCUGGUGGGAACUGUUGUGGACUUUAAGCAGCCCCUCCAUCUUGCACUGCAGAAGCUUACUGGUCGAUAUGGGAACAUCUUCAGUGUGCAGUUUGGAAGCCUGACUUUUGUGGUAAUCAAUGGAUACCAGAUGGUGAGAGAAGCCCUCCUCCACCAGGCUGAAAUAUUUGCAGAUCGGCCAAAUAUUCCACUCCUCCAAGAAAUAUUCCGAGGCUUUGGUCUGAUAUCAUCAAAUGGGCAUGUAUGGAGGCAACAGAGGAAGUUUACUGCAGCAACACUGAAAAGCAUUUCUGCAAGUUUUGAGGAGAAAGUGCAAGAGGAGAGCCGGUACCUUGUGGAGACGGUUGAGGAGGAGAAAGGACAACCAUUUGACCCUCAUUACAAGAUUAACGGCGCUGUUUCCAACAUCAUCUGCUCCCUAACUUUUGGGAACCGCUUUGACUACCAUGACAGCUGCUUCCAGGAACUGCUGCACUCGCUGGCCGAAACGCUGCUGCUCAUGGGAAGCUUCUGGGGCCAGCUAUAUAAUGCUUUCCCUCUCAUAAUGAGGUGGCUGCCAGGACCCUAUAGGAAAAUCUUCAGGCACUGGGAGAAACUCGAGCGUUUUGUGAAGGGAGUGAUUGCAAAGCACAAGGAGGAUCUGGAGCAGUCUGAGGCAGGAGACUAUAUUGACUGUUACCUGAAGGAGAUAGAAAAGUCUAAGGAUGACUCCAGCUCAUGUUUCCAUGAGGAAAACCUGCUGUGCACCACCCUGGACCUCUUCCUAACCGGCACUGAGACAACAGCAACCGCCAUCCGCUGGGCUCUGCUCUACAUGGCCGCGUACCCCCACAUCCAGGAGAAAGUGCAGCUGGAAAUCGAUGCGGUGAUCGGCCAGUCCCGCCAGCCCGCGGUGGCCGACAAGGAGAGCAUGCCCUACACCAGCGCAGUGCUGAGCGAGGUGCUGCGGAUGGGCAACAUCGUGCCGCUGGGAGUGCCCAGGAUGUCCACCAGCGACACCACCUUGGCUGGCUUCCACCUGCCUAAGGGUACCACCCUGAUGACCAGCCUGACUUCAAUCAUGUUUGACAAAAAUGUGUGGGAGACUCCAGACACCUUUAAUCCUGAGCAUUUCCUGGAAAACGGCCAGUACAGGAGGCGGGAAGCUUUUCUGCCCUUCUCUGCAGGCAAGCGGGCUUGUCCCGGGGAGCAGCUUGCCAGGACCGAGCUCUUCAUCUUCUUCACAGCCCUCCUGCAGAAGUUCACCUUCCAGCCACCGGCAAAUGCCACACUGACCUUCGCCUUCACGCUCAGCCUCACUCGCUGCCCCAAGCCCUUCCAGAUCUGUGCGCUGCCCCGUGACUGAAGUUGGUGUGGUGCCACCUUAUGCCCCCCCAACCCUGCUUCAGCCUUUCACCAACUGGAAAGUGUCCCUUCUCCCUUCCACCCCAUAAAUUCUGAGCUGAAUCGAUGGGCCAUGGACACCUAGCACCCACCAACAUGACAGUGGCAGUGGGAAGGGCAGGAGGGCCACAUCCUGCACAGUGCACCUAAGACAACACUUGUGGCUCUUCCCUUCACCUCCUGCCCAUCCCCCCCUCUAUCAGUUGGACAAAAAAGCAUGAAUUUACAGAAUCACUGAACAGUGGGGGUUGGAAGGGACCUCUGAAGAUCAUCUAGUUCAAAUCAUAGAAUCAUAGAAUAGUUUGGGUUGGAAGAGACCUUAAAGAUCAUCUAGGUCCAACUCCUCUGCCAUGGGCAGGGAUAUCUUCCACUAGAUCACACUGCUCAAAGCCUCAUCCAGUCUGGCUUUGAACAUCUCUGGAGAGGGGACAUCUACAACCUCCUUGGUGAGAUGCUGGAACAGGCUACUCACCCAUACUGUAGAGAAUGAAUAACUCAAAUUUGUUUGCUGAGAGGACAGCCUUAAUUUUUGUGUUGGGCAUCUCUUGUACCUGACUGCUAUCAGCUCUGCAGGCAUGAAAUUUGGGGUUAAUAUCCAGAACUGGAAGUGUUUGUUAACUGUUAAAUUAUAUCAAAAAUCAUAGAU